AUUUAAAAAACAAUUGGCGUGAAUAAUACACAUUUGAUUUUUUUCAGAAAUUCAUUGUAAAUUUGUGAACGUAACUUACAUAUUUUUCAACAAUAAUUGUUAUUGUUGUCUUCAUCUAGUGAGAAUGGUGAUCCUAAUUUGGAGAUGGAUGAAAUUUUCAAUCUGUUACCAUCAAAGUCGAGACGCAUUUACUUAAAUACUUAUCUACGAUACCUACGAAUACCUACGAAAAAUUUAAUAAGUGAAGAAAACAACAACGAAUGGAUUCACUUACAAAAGAAGUUUUUUAAACUAUUAUCUCCCACAUUAACCUUACAUACUCAUUAUUCAUCUUCACAGUAGUCGGAAAUUAUGUUACCGAGUAAAAGCAUCUCCCUUAAUAUCCAAAAUUGUAGACUUUGUACAUUAAAUUUUCAAUUAAAAUAAAUCAUUGAAUAUUGUACUAUACUAUUUUAUUUUCUCGCAAUCGUAGUGAAAAGCAGAGUGUAACACGUGAGGCUAAACCCAUUAUAUACUCGGUUUCUAUUUAGCCUAAAAAUACCUCGUAUAUAAUGGGUCUUUUUAGCCCCUUGUAUAACAAUCUACUAUUAUUCAACUACCAAUGAUCAUGAAAAAGUCACUGAUUAACAGUGGUGGGUUUUAUUAGAAUAAAAGAAAGUUCUGUGAAUCUUUUAGAAACGGCUUUAAUUGAUAAUCCACUGUCUUGUGUUAUUCAAAGUGAUCAGAAGGUAGCACAUACGAUGUUAUUUUUCGCUUUUUAGUUUAUUUUUGUGAUUUUAAAGUCGUUUGAAUGUUUUUGUUAAAAUGAUUUUAUUAUCAUCUCUCGUUAUAUAAAUUCUUUAAGACUUUAAAUUAUUUGAUUAUUUGUGCGUUUUAUAAGUUAGUCGUUAUCAUUAUUGAAUUUGAGCUCAAAUUUAAUAAUUUUCCUGAACUUGGCUUCCAACUUCCAUGCAUCACUUAACCACACAAUAUAUUUGAUGAAUGCAAAUUAAUACAAUUAAUGAAAAUUAACUAAAGGUUCCAAAGGUUAUUCGUACUGCACACUACUACAAAAAUGUUGUCUGCACUUUACGUUUUCUUCACUUUUAUUAUUAAAUUUUUUAGUUACACUUUAUUGUUAAUAUUAAUAUUUUUCGUCGGAUUAAGAGUUUGGAUAGAGCCUUUCAAAGUGAGAUGCAAGUGCAAAACGAAAUUAAACGGAAAAGUUGCUUUAAUCACUGGUGGAAAUUCUGGAAUUGGAUUCGAAACGGCUAAAGAUCUAGCUAAAAGAGGAGCUAGAGUCAUUAUUGCUAGCCGAAACGAUGAAAAAUCAGCAGAAGCAGUUAACAUUAUAAAACAAGAAACGGGAAACGAUGAAGUCGAAUACAGACAUCUUAACUUAUUGAAACUAGACAAUGUCCGAGAAUUUGCUGAAAAAUUUAAUAAGGAAUUCGACCGUUUAGACAUUUUAGUCAAUAACGCAGGAUGUGGUGAAAUUAAAAAAGGUUAUACGGAACACGGAAUAGAUCUACUGAUGCAGAUUAAUUACAUCGGUCCAUUCUUGCUAACUCAUAUGCUAUUAGAAAAGCUAAUAACUUCGAAGCCGAGUAGAAUUGUGAUGGUAUCAUCCUUCCUCCAUUUUCUUGGUAGCCUUGAUCCUGAAGAGCUAACAAAUAGAGAACCAGUGCAUACUUUUACUCGUUAUGGUAAAACUAAACUCUGCAUUAUAUUAUGGGCUAAGGAACUAGCGAAAAGAGUGCCACAAGGCGUCACUGUCAAUGUAUUACAUCCAGGACUUGUUGGGACUAACAUUUUCGAUAAGUUAAAUUCUGUUACCAGAUAUAUUAUACAUAUUGUAAUAUAUAUGUUAUAUAAAACAGCUGAGGAAGGUGCCCAGACGAUAAUACAUUUGUGCGUGUCUCCAAAUUUGGAAAGCUCCACCGGUGAUUAUUAUCAAAACUGUAAAAAAGUUAAACCUUUUAAACCAGCAGAAGAUACUGAUUUAGCAAGAAGAUUGUGGGAGAAAAGCAUAUCAAUAAUAAAUAAAUAUGCUUAGCAAUUUGCAUCAUCUAAAACCCAUGUAAACUCUGUAUACUUACGUUAAGUUAUUAUAAUUUUUAUUUUUAUUGCAAAGAACACGAUUUUAUUACCUACUGGCGUACGUAACUAAAAGUUCCAAUUUUCAAUUUGUUUUUUUUUUUCAAUAUGAACUAUUUUUGACUAGUAUGAGAAAUGAAUAAUUAAGCAACACAAUACCUACGUUUAUAUUUAAAAAAUAAUGUUUUUUUAUUUUGUUACUUUUUAAUAUGUUAUUAAUAGUCGCAGGGAUUCGCUGGAUGCAGGAGGCUCAGUAUCGUGAUGUUUGGAAGUCCCUACGCCUAUGUCCUGCAGUGGACGUCCAUCGGCUGUCAUUAUGAUGAUGAUGAUACUAUAAUAAACCAUAAAGACAUAUAUGAGUGAAUUCAAUGGCUCUGCCGUAUAAAAGAAUAUAGAAAAAUGUUCCGAUUAAAAAAUUAUUAUACCUAAUACCUAUUCCCAUACCUGGCAAAUUAAAAA